CUUUACUGUGACAUUCCAGCAAAAUGCCUGAAUUACGGACUGCAAGAAUCGGAGCAGUUCACACUACUGCAAGCAGUGAACUGGAGGAAUUCAAGGCACAUGCUGUAUUCCAGGAAAUUAACAAGAAACUUCAAGAGGAUGGAGAGCAGUUUGUGAAGAAGAUUGGUGGAGUAUUCGCCUUCAAAGUGAGGGAUGGUCCAAAUGGAAAAGAGGCAACAUGGGUUGUGGAUGUGAAGAAUGGCAAAGGCUGUGUUCACAAUGACACUGGUACGAAAGCUGAUUGCACAGUUUCCAUCUUGGAUUCAGAUUUAGUGGCUUUAAUGACGGGGAAAAUGAACCCACAGGCUGCGUUUUUCCAGGGUAAACUGAAGAUCACUGGGAACAUGGGUCUGGCAAUGAAGCUUCAAAACCUGCAGUUGAUGCCAGGCAAAGCCAAGCUGUAGAUGUGUCAGAGCUCAGCUCGGCUGCACAGUGAAUGCUGAAUUGGGCUAAACUUUACUACUGUGACACAAAGCAGGCAGGUUUGUCUCCUGGUCUGUUUUCAGAUAAAUCCCAGAGGGUCUGCACCUCGUUGUAAGUACUGGACUGAAGAACUUUCCUGUUACUGAUCUCACUGGGUGGUGGAUUACUCAGCCCUGCACUUCUAACUGCACAAACCUGUAGGAAGGUAGAUCAUUCUCUCAAGAAAAUCAGUGUCAACCCAUCUCAUGUUGAUGCCCUUGAUAGGAGAGAUUGGUGCUCCCCCUGCCCAAACCCCAACUAUUUCAGUUUAAUAUUUCAGCAUUCAUAUAGGUCAAGUUCUUAUUUGUUUAACAAACGUCAAUAUAAUUUUUUCCCCGUUUUACUAAUGAACAUUCUUCUCUGUGUUGGAGUUUUUUUUUUUUUUUCUCUAGCUGAGUGAUUCACAACAGACCAAGUGCCUCAACUCAGAUUUGUUCCAAGAGUUUUAACAAACUCACCACUAUGGGCAUGACAUGUUUUAUAUGCAGCUGGCUGUUGUAUUAACGGACGGGAUUGUGAUACUUUGCGCUUGUCAUUAUAGUAUGAAAAAGAUGUCUAAUAAAUUUUGUGGUAAGGUGUA